CCCGCCGAGGCGCCUGAGCAGGUCGCCAGUGGAGGGUUUCCACUCCAGUCAUGGCGGCCCCCCGACCCGCGUCGGGCGGCGGGGCUCUGAAGACGUGCGACCUGGAGCGGAUUUUGGAGGCGCUGAAGCUGCUGCUGAGCCCAGCAGGAUCAGACUCCAGUUCACUGCAGAUCACAAAACAUGAUGUCCUGUUGGCUACUUUGAAAUCUAACCUGUCUGCUUUGGAGGACAAGUUCCUGAAGGAUCCUCACUGGAAGACAUUGAGACUCCUCAGGGAUGAAAUUGCCAAAAAGGCAGACUGGCCACAAAACUCUGUGGAUGUCACCUGGAGUUUUACCUCCCAGACCUUGCUGUUGCUGUUGUGCUUGAAGGAAACCAUGGUCUGCCUUGUAGCAGAUUUCAGACCAGUUAGACCCAACCCUCGCACUCCUGAAGCUGCUCCCGCCCUGAGCCCAGAUACGCUUAGCAUCUCACAGCAGAAGACUGUGCAGUCUGCCUUGCAGUUCGUGGUCACCUUGGGACUCUGCCCCUAUCUCAUGUCUGGUGUGGGACUCCCCUUGAGAUACAGGACCGAAUUUGGGGCUGUUGUGCAGGAUGUGGUCUGUCUCGACGCUGCCCCUGCUGCCACCCGGAGACUGUACAGCAGCUGCAGGGUCCUCUUAACUGUUGCUCAACACACCUCUCUAGGAAGCUUGAUUUUCUGCCGCCAUUUGGGAGACAUUGUAGCAGGCCUGUGCCAGCUGGGUUUCUGCCCAACUAAGAGAAAACCACUGAAGCCUGAGGAAGAGGUGUUAACUGAAGAAGAAAGAGCCCUCUCGAAGGAGGCCUUGAGGGACACACUGGAUCAAGUGUAUCAACCACUAGCAGUGCGAGAAUUACUUCUUCUCCAGGGAGGGCCCCCCCAGUCCUGCACAGAUGUGAAGACCCAAGUUAGGUGUCAGGCCCCAGCUUGGCUUCGGCGUCUAUGUGGGCAGCUGCUCUCUGAAAGGUUAAUGAGACCCAAAGGUGUCCAGGCGGUGGUCCGGGGCAUUUUGGAAGGAGCAGGUGCGGGGGCAGCUGGCGGGAGUGACGCUGAGGCAACGGCUGCUGACUGGAAGAAGUGUGACUUGAUUGCAAAGAUAUUGGCCUCUUGUCCGCAGCAGUCUCUCUCACCAGAGAGUUACUACCAGGAUAUCUGCCCACAGAUUCUGGAUUUAUUUCACUUUCAAGAUAAAUUGACAGCGCGGCAAUUUCAGAGAGUUGCCACCACUACCUUUAUAACUAUGUCAAGAGAACACCCACAGUUGGCAGCAAAGUAUUUGCUUCAACCCAUCUUAGCGCCUCUUCAUCGGUGCUUAAACACAGCAGAGAUUCCGGAGAGUGACGUGGCACCAGGGACCAUUUUGGUGACAGAAGAAGAACUUAGUAGAUGUGUUGAGGAUGUUUUUAAGGUGUACGUGGUCGGGAAUGAACCUUUAACAGUGCUGGUGGAUUCCCUGCUUCCAGUGCUGGGCGUGCUCUUCUCUCUCUACUGUUAUACCCAGCAGAGCGUGUCUCACAUAAGGUCACUUUGCCAAGAGAUCUUAUUAUGGAUUCUGGGGAAGCUGGAGAGGAAGAAGGCAAUUGCUAGCCUGAAAGGAUUUGUAGGGUUGGACAAAUCUGUGCCCUCUCUCCAUUCUCUGUGUCAGUUGAGAGCUGCCGCCCAAGGUGGCAUUGUGGUUAUCGUCAAAGAGGCCAUUUGUGAUGAAGAUGAAGAUGAAGCCCUGUACCAAAAGGUAUCCUCAGAGCAGUGCCACAUGGAACAUCUUGGGGACUUGCUGUCCCACUGCCAGGAAUGUGGUUUGGCAGGUGACUUCUUCAUCUUCUGCUUGAAGGAAUUGACUUGUGUGGCCAUGGAAAAUGAAGCAGAGUUAAGAACUCAGCCUUUCUCCAGCCAAAGCCUCUUGGAGUUAGAGCAGCACCAGACUCUCCUUGUGGAAGGCCAGAAGCAGAGGUUGCUAGUGCUGCAGCUGGUGGCUGUCCUGUGUGAGAGAAUGUCUGAGCAGAUAUUCACAAACAUCACUCAGGUUGUGGACUUCGUAGCUGUCACACUGCAGCGAGCUUGUGCGAGCUUGGCCCAACAGGCAGAAAGCACGGUGGACUCGCAGACCCUGAGCAUGUCCAUGGGGCUGGUGGCUGUCAUGCUGGGAGGAGCUAUCCAGCUGAAGUCAAGUGAUUUUGCUGUUCUGAAGCAGUUGCUGCCUCUGCUGGAGAAGGUCUCUGACACGUACCCUGACCCUGUCAUCCAAGAACUCGCUGCUGAUCUCCGCAUCACCAUCUCCACCCAUGGGGCCUUCUCCACCGAGGCUGUGAGUGUGGCUGCCCACAGUACCCUGAACAAAAAGGAUCCAGGAAGCAAAAUAGAACAGCAACAAAGCAGUUGUGAGAAAUAUGCUGAUGCGUCUCCUGACCACCUCGAACAAGAGCAAAGCCGGGAGAAAUGCAACCGAGCAGGCCUGAAGGCUGAUGCUGCACACAUUCCUCAGGAAGCCAAUGAAGCCAACCCUACCACAAAUCAGAAGCCUGGGAGCGCAACCACAAUGGAGCUCCAGGCGGUUCUUUUAGCAGCUUAUGAUCCUCAAAUUCCUACACGGGCUGCUGCCCUGCGAACUCUUUCCCGUUGGAUAGAGCAGAGAGAAGCAACAGCCCUUGAGAUGCAAGAGAAACUUCUCCAGAUAUUCUUGGAGAACUUGGAGCAUGAAGACGCCUUUGUAUAUCUAUCUGCGAUUCAGGGAGUUGCCCUACUCUCAGAUGCCUACCCUGAGAAAAUCUUGCUUGGCCUGUUGGCUCAGUAUGACAGCGGUAAAGACCAGCACACAGCAGAGACCAGAAUGAAAAUGGGGGAAGUCCUGAUGAGAAUUGUCAGAGCAUUGGGAGAUAUGGUCUCAAAAUACCGAGAACCUUUGAUCCACACCUUCCUGAGGGGAGCCAGAGAGCCAGACAGCGCUCAUAGGGCCAGCAGCUUAUCCAACCUCGGAGAAUUGUGCCAGAGACUAGAUUUUCUCCUGGGCUCCGUGGUUCAUGAGGUAACAGCUUGCCUGAUUGCAGUGGCUAAGACAGACCCUGAAGUUCAAGUGCGCAGAGCUGCCAUCCAUGUAAUUGUGCUGCUGUUUCGGGGACUCAGCCAAAAAGCUACUGAGGUGCUGAGGGAUGUCCUCAAGGAUCUCUACCACCUGCUGAAGCAUGUGGUGCGUUUGGAGCCUGAUGCCGUGGCCAAGCUCCAUGCCCAGCUGGCCCUGGAAGAACUAGAUGAGAUCAUGAGAAACUUCCUGUUCCCUCCACAGAAGCUUGAGAAAAAGAUUGUGGUCCUGCCAUAGACAGGACUCACAGGACCUACAGGAGGUGGAGCUGGACCAAGCAGCUAAAGCAGUGCCCAUGCCUUCCAGCAGGUGGCCCCCCUAAGUCUUUGGUGCUGGCAUUAUGGCUGACCCUGGAGGUGGCUUCAUCUCUGGCCUUUCAUGUCAUUAAGUUAACCUUCCUAAAUCAUCGCUUUAGCAUCCUGCAUCCAGCCCAAAGCAUGUGCCGUUAAGGAAAAAAAUGACAUCUCAUUAAUUAAUCUGCACGUUCUUCACGUCCUGCAGCCUUGAACGAAGGACGUUUACCUAGUAGAAGUAUAUUUUUAAUACAACUGAUGCAAUAUGAUUAAUUGUUCAUUCUCUUGCAACUUGAGAAGAGAUUGGCCACCCAUAUGUUACAUAGCUUAAUAUUCUUUGGUGGUGAGAUACUUCUUCCUGUGAUUAAUGACGAACAGCCAGAACUAGUCAUCCUUGGCUGUUCAAGAGGCAUUUCAGAGUAUGAAGAUGCAGUUGGCAGUAGGAAUGGUAAGGAAAUUGUUAUCAAAACGUGCAGAGUGGAAUAAAAUUAUCUUGGCUGGAACGAAUCACAGGUCUGACCCUGGCGCCCUGAAUUUGACAUGGAAAGCUAUGGCGUGGAAGAGGCUUAGAUCUCCAGAAAAGAGAAUCAAACUGGUAGAAUCUUCGAGAAAAGGGUAAGCCCUAUGUUCAUCCUCCUGGGUCUUUUUCUUUUGCUCCUUCUGCAUCUGUUUGCAGAGAGUUACCCUGUUUAUUGGAAGAAAAGAGCCAUAAGCAUCUCAGAUAGGAGUUUCUCUCUUGCACUCAGCCCUCUACUCAUCUGGAAAGGUGGAUGAUUGCUCAUGGGCUACUCCUACAUUUGCUGCAAAGCAUGCUGUAGGCCCAUGGGCCAUGCCUGGUUACAGAAGUCAUUUCAGAUGCAGCAUGGUGGAUCCCUCUUUGUUUACUUAUAUAUUUAUUUGCCACUGGAUUUUGUUUGCAGUUGAAAGAAAACAUCAAAAGGAGAAACUCACUGCCUGGGUCAGACCAGUCCACCUUGGUUGACAAUACCUUGACCAGGCUGCCCCAGAGCUCCUUGGUCAGUCCUCAGCUUUGGGGGCUAAGUACAGAAUUGAUGAGAGAAGUGUAUCUCCACUAUGCAGGGUGACCAGGCCCAGGGGGACCAAAACAUAGUUUCCUCAGUCUCUUCAGUAACUGAAGGAUCUAUACACAAGCCUGCCCAUUUACCACUUAGCAAGACAUUUCUCUCAUCAGAAUGCUGACACAGUUUUAUUUUAGAAUUUUGUGGUGGGCAUCCCUUUAAAAGAGCCAGUGUACAUACAGUUAUGGCUCAUAAGGUAGCCUAGGGAGCAAAGAAUUAGAACAAAAGCAGAUGUCUUUAAGGAAUGUUUCCAUUCAGCCAAGGUAGCUGAAUUCCUCAAAGCAAGGAUGUCUAGAAAAUCAGGGUUGAGGCUUUCCAAUCAGAGAAGAAUAUCCUUUGGACCAACUGGAUAUAAGUGAAAUAUUCUUGUUUCUUGACCUUUCUUUAAAAGACUCUGUACAACCCACUUCAGAUAAUCCGAUUAAAAUUAUUGGAUGAUUGAUUUAACUUACAAUUCUAUUUGCAUUAAAUGCAUCCCUGUUUUCAGGGCAGAUCUUAAUUGAUCAUCUUGAGUAGAUUAAGAAAUUUUCCAUCUAGAAACCUGACUUCCUAUGGGGUGUCCCACGGAGCAUCCUAGACCCUGUGUCUCCAUUUAUAAAUUGCUUCUUAAUUUGAAUUAUUUGGCAAGUAGCUAAAAGCAUCUAUUCUUUAUUGAUUUUGAUGGAUUUGGUUUCAGAGAGUGACUUUUUCUGACCUUGUUACCAAAUUCAAGGGGAAGAUACAUUACUCUAACCCUCCCUAACAUGAGCAAAAUAUUAGUUUCCAAAUUCUCAAAUAGUUAUAUACAUACACACAUACACACAGAUGCACACACACACACUUUUAUCUUGGGAAAGAGCAUGAGAACUGAGUUUUGUUAUUGCAAUAAUAAAAACACAAAACUUAAAACAAACCAAUAGGGGGGGGGCACAAAACUGCAGGGGCAAAUAGUAGGAGCAAUAGUGACAUUUCCCUUCAUGGCCUGGAAGGGGUGUCUGGUCCCAGGUAGCAGCACCAUACUCUUCCCCCUACUGUCCCUUCCUGUUUCCUCACUUCAGUUCUGCCUCUGACAUUCCCCUGACCUGUUGCCUUCAGCCCCUUCCAUUGCCUACAGCCUGUCCCCCAAACUUCCCUGGAUGACAAAUGUGGUCUUUCCCUUGCCCCCUAACCCCUUCUCUCCCUACUCUCCCUCCCUGGUUUCCUCCUCCACUUACCAGGCCCACAGUCAGCUCCCACAGCCAACUGGGCAUAGUGUGUGGUAAGAGACAUGCAGUAGCCCACAGCUGGCUGCCGCCGGUCCCCAGGCUUCCUGCCCAAGUGACAGCUGCUUGUUCAGGUUAGACUUCCAGGACAUUCUAAGAGGUUCCCUGUUGGCUGUGUUGUUGUUCCUCAUUGGCACAAACUUACCUCCUUCAAAAUCCCCUGCUGUUUAAUCAGCAAUCUCUUAACUUGCACUUUGUUCCUUAUUGUCUCUCCGCACACAUAUUUUCCAUAUUCCCUAGCAUUCUCCUCUUCACCCCUCUUCUCCCUUCCUGUCCUUUCCUGUAGAAGGGCUGACAUGCCAGGCCUUGGGGGGCAGGGAAAUAAAUCACAGCAGACAACGGUGACAGCAAUUUAUUGAGCAGCUGCUAUGUGCCAGAUGCUAUAGCAGGCCCCAAGAACACAGCAAUAAGCAAAACAGGCAAACCCCUUGCAUUGUAGUGGAGGGAAAAUACCAGAUGUUAGGAGUGUCAAAUGGUGAUAGAUGCUACCGAGAAAAAUAAAGCUGGGAAGGGGGCCCAGGUGCAUAUGGGUGGGAGCUGUCUGUUUAGACAUGUUGUCUAAAGAAGGCCGCACUAGAAGUUGAGGAGAGCCCGUCUUUAUUAGGGAGGGGACGGCAGCCUGUCAGGUCUGAGGAAAGCUGGGCGGCCAAUGGGGAAGGACAGAGUGAGUGAAGACGAAGCAAAGAGGAGGAGGCAGGGAGGUGUUGUAGGUGGGGCAAGGGACCCCUGUGGGCCUUGUGGACCAUUCUGCGCAAGAGGGAAGCCACAGACCUAUUUCCACCGGAAGCUGCUUCAGCUUGUCAUUGGAAAGUGCUUGGAGGCCCCAGUGAGAUGUGCUGUGAAAUAGGAAAUAACGUUUCAGUAAAAGGAGUUUCAGAUCCAGCUGCAGUUUUGGCCUAUCAGAAUGAAGCUGUGAGCCCCAGUCCUUUCGCCACCGUCUUCUCUGUAGCGGCCGCGUCUCCUCAGUGGCCUCAGAAAAGAGAGGAAAGCAAAUGUGUUGAUCUGCCCUCAGUCCACCCCCUGCUCCAUCCCUUUGUCUGUGAGAGGCUGAGCAAAGGAGUGUGGCCUGCCGCCUGCCUGUGACUCU